AUCGCUCGAUUAACGUGUAACUUAUGCAACUUUUAAGAGAACAAAACAAUUCUGUCGUGUCUCGUUGCUUCCGAUUUCGUUAUUAUCGUCACGUUUGUAUUGUCCUUCUGUUCCGUGCUUGAUUGGCAGUUAGGCAACCUUUUCUACAUCAAGAUUCGGCGUGCAGCGCACGCGGCGCGCACUUGUUAGUACAGCUGGAGCGAUACAUCGUGAAUUAACCUCGAAACUGAUAAAUAUUGUAUUAAUGCGUGUCUGCUUGUUUGAUAUUUGGACACGUGAGAAUGAGCGAAUCGAGCAAUGACAGCGAUGAACCUUACGAUCCACGAGAUGAAAAAGACGAGGAUUUUAAGAUCGAUGAUUAUCGUAAAGACUUAGGCAGCGAUGAUUCUUCUGCUGAUGUACCAGAAACCAAUGAUGACAAAACUAAUUUACAGGCUGACGAAGGAGCAGCGGUUAAACAGCACGAAGAUGAUUACAUUGGACCCGUGCUCCCCGGAGGCCAUAGAUUCGAUAAAAAGUUUAUUUGCAUUAGAUACCCAGGGAACGUUGUUAAUCCGGAUAGAGCUAUAGAGACAUUGGGUGGGAUUGGCGCAAUUUCUACAGCAGUAAAUACUCCGAAUCGGCGUUUGGAAUUAAAAUUCAGACCGGAUGACACUUAUUGUAAACCAACUUGUGGAGAUAGGUAUAAUACCAAAGGAUUUUUACUUAGAGUUAGGGUGAAGAAGUCCAGAUUAAAGAAAGUGGAAGAAACCAAAGUUAAGCGAACAGAACAAAAUGUAGAUGUAACCAAUGUCCAGAGCAACGAGGUGCAGCAUAAUAUUAAUGCAAUACAGUUGUCGGAUACAGAGGAUACAGAGAAACAUGAGAAGAAAAGCGAGGAACAAGUUAUGUCUGAAUUGGCUGAUCGAGUAGAAAGUUGCAGCGUGAAUGCAUUGGACGACAUUGCUGAUCCCGAGCAGUCCGAUCCGAUGAAGACUGAAAAAAAUAUACCUCCGACAUUCGAGGGGAAUAAAUACGAAGAUCUUUCCAAAGAUGAGGAGUACGAAUUACCGAAAUUAAAGGUUCUAGGCCGGGUGGAUAUGGAAUUCAAAUUUACCAAUCUCUGCGAUUUUCAGUACCUGCCAAUGACUCAAAGCAAAGAAGACCCCAAAAAGUUGGACUACAUAUACGAUAAGAUAUAUCCAAGCAACAUACAACGAUUUUCAUGGUUGCAGAAUGACGUACCUUAUUUCCUGCCGCCAGCUGCUUUCAGCAGGAUGGACACGAUUCAGCAGUACGUGCCGAAGACAGAGACAAACUCGUAUCCGGAGAACAUAAUAGGAAAGAGUACAAAGCGAAAAGCGGGUUUCUCAAAUUUCAUCUAUUUCUCAACGCCGGAGGUCCCUACCAAGCCACCGGCUGGCAUCGAGACUGCCAUGAAGGUUAAAUUCGUCCAGAACACGCACUUUGACCAGAUCCGGCAGUUGUUCGAGGAACGACCAAUUUGGUCGAAGAACGCGGUGAUGUAUAGGACGAAAUUUUCCAACGAUCGUUUGAAGAUUCUGUUACCCUCCGUGGCGUACUACUUCAUGACUGGCCCAUGGAAAAUUAUGUGGGUGAAACUGGGUUACGACCCGAGGAAAGACAUCACCGCGAGGAAGUACCAAACCUUGGAUUACAGACUGAAAGCUAUGCAUGGUUUGGGGUCCACCGUGAAAUGCAAGAGGAAUUAUUCAGAGUACACGUUGCCCUACAGGUCGACACCAGUUGGCAAGCAAAAGACGGUGCUGAGUGGAGUGUCAACGGAGCAAGGUUACAAAAAGGAGCAACAAUUAACCGAGAACGUGUACAUUUACAGAGAAGGAACAGUGCCCCCUUCUAGGCAAAUGUUCUACCAGUAUUGCGACGUUCUCGUGGAGGAGAUACAGGAAAUGUUAGCCAAGCUGCCUGAUCCUCUGCCCACUGCGAGGUGCCACGAGAAAAGGGGUUGGCUGCCGAGCGGAUUCGACGCCCAGUGCCGAGAAAUCAUCAAUAAACAAGUUCGAGCUGUCCUAAGGAAGCAAAUGAACAUUCCCGACGACUAUCCGACGGACAUUCCUAAGCACAAGCGCAAACGAGGGAUGAAGUUGAAGUUGAACAAGCUCAGGGGCAGGAAGAGAAAGAGAAAGAGCGAGCCCGGCGUGGAGGAGGGUGAAGAAAAGAGCGACGAGGUGAAGCCGAGCACCAGCACAGCGGAGAACGAGUGAAACGUCGAGUAGCUACUAGUACGGACUAAGGUUUAUUCAUGAAUGCAGGUUGUCAGCCGAAUUGUAAUAAAUACGUUUAUUAAUUCUCGUU